AUGAACCAUCAACCGCUUCCAACCAUAGCUUCAGUCGUGGAAUCAAUCUCAAAAGGCUCUGAGCCCGAGAUCACGUCGCCAUCAAAGAGAGAGCAGCCGCGAGUAUCUGCCCCCACAGCUAUGUCCAUGGUCAAGCUUCUACUCUACCACGCCCGUUGUCUGUGGCCCGCGGCACAACUCAGUAUUGCACAUUCGUUCGCCUCGUUCUUGGUUCAUACACUUACUGAAAAGGAUGCAACCCCUAAACAUAUUUUGCGCCUGAAUCGGUUGCGCGCUAAUUAUUUUAAUGCAUGUCUCUGGUUGCUCUCCAUACCAUCAAAGCAUAGUCCGUUUGUCUCCGCCUCCAUUCAACAACGGGCACAAUUCGAACUCCUCAAGGCAAUGGCUGCUCACCGACCCGUGCUGCCCGUCAAUCGGCGAGGCUAUCAGGCAGUUGUAGCAGUCCAACUCUCCCACAAGAAGACGGCUGCGGAAAAGCUAUCUGCCAGCUAUAAGGCGGCGUCUUGGCCUCCCUGGAAAGAAGAAAAACUGGGCAUUGACUCGCAGAGAGGAAACGAAGGAAUGAGAAGUCGUGCGAUGCAAGUCAUGUCUCAGAUGAAAGAAGCAGGCUAUUCCCACACUGUCUGGGAAGAGGUUGCUAGCAUCUUGGCUGGCUGGGACACAGACGGGAGCCCGACUAUUCAGACGCGAAGCUUGACCAGUUCUCCCGACAAGCUCUCAACAUCCGCCAAAAGCAGGCCCAACGACCCUGCUAUCUGGGUAGCUCGCAUACGCGCCACUAGGACGGUUCGCGAAGCUUGGGCGUGUUUUCUGUCCUAUCAAGACCAGGGUCUCCCUCCCUGUAUGCGCAUCUAUCAUGCAAUGGCACAGAAGCUGGUGUUUAGGAGGCAUGCAAUAGAAAGGAACUUUGACCGUGUCAGCCUCUCUCUCCCGGGCGAUGGACUAGAGGUGUUUCCUGAACCAUCCUCGGCCCGCGAUGUGAUAUAUGUGCGCAGUGAACCCCCUUCGCUAGAUGAUCUUCUCAAGCAGAUGCUUUCGCAGGGUAUUCGACCCUCUGGCCGUUUUCUGGCCUUGUUGCUUGGGUCUUGCACGAGUUUUCGCUCAGGUUUGGACUAUUUGUCUUGCAGUACCCUAUCCACAAAGCAGGUGAGGGCACUGUGCACGUUGUGGCCCGACCGGUAUGACCCAGAUGCCAUGAAUACUAUCCGGACCUUGCCGCAUUAUCUAUUCCUAGCGUUCAUUCAAUUUCUCUGCAAGUUUUCGAAAUUUGACUCCCUAUAUAUCGCUGGAUAUAACCUUCGCAUGGCAGAUCUUUUCCCAGUUGUCAUGCAGGACGCCCAUGUCUCUUCGACCAAGACUACACUGUUUUCAUACGGUCAUGUGCUGGGUGAGAAUGAUCAGAUCCAUCAUCCACGGGCCCUGGCGCAUGCGGUGCAGCUGCUGAGAACGUUGAAGCCGCGAUAUACGUCUGCCUGGCUUCCGCUGCUCCGCGCUCUCGCUUCCCCUCGAGUAACAGUCCAGGAUCGAAAGAUGAGACGGGAUGUGCAACGGUUCCUUGCCUGGUAUGAAGUCGUUGAGGUAAUAGGAUGGAUGAGAAAGAUCGACGUCGAGCCCGGAAUGGAUGGACUUUUGAUUCUAUGCAAUGCAUUCUCUCACGCUGUCGCUGCUGGGAUUCGAGACCCUAGCGCUGCAGAGGAAGGCUUGCAUACGGUGAGGGGAGCUUUGCGACGCAACGGAGUGUUGUCCGUGUCUGUCCCUCGGACAUUCGAAGAGAUGGUACAUGAGGGAUUGCGUCUUCUCAAGGCUCACUUUGAUCGGCUCGUUCUUCCAGUUCCCCAAUUGUCCACAGACGUGGAUGGAAAUGAUGACCGGGAUGCUGUUACCGGGUCAUCUGUCCCUCCUAUGUUCCAAGUUCCAGCCCCUGCUGUGUUGCAUGGAUUUGUCCGGGCGCUGGGAACAGCUGAAGACUAUGAUGGGCUGUUGAAUCUCCUUCAGUGGAUGAGUCGAUUCGCCCCGGUCCUAAAAGAAAGGGCCGACGAGUUGACGAACGGAGAGAGAAUGAUGCGGCGUACUUUGGUCGCCGUCCGGGUAUUCCUGGAGGGUUCCUGGGAGAAUGAAGUCUUAAUGCGCAAGGCCGCGGGUGGACCAGACGCCGAGAGGCAAGAAGUCCCGGUUGAUCAGGACUCUAGACCGACUUUCUCUGACCCCUAUGUUGAAGAGGCGUACAAGAUUAUCGAGAGCACGGAGGGUUGGGGUCCUUGGCCCACGGACGAAGAGGUCCGGCAGUAUCUGUCAUGGCAUCCUUUCGCAGAAGAGUAG